AUGCCUGCCUCGGACCACGGCAGCGAGACCGAAGGUCUCCCCUACACAGCGCCCAACGGCAGCAUCCCGAGCAAGACAACGCAGGGCCGCGCCGAGGAGCUCGACGACCUCAUCGACGCCGUCAAGGACCUCAUCAUCCCGUACGUCAAGGCCGCCGACGACAACGCCUCCAAGAAGCACACGGGCCGGCUGCCGCGCGACGCCGCCGACCGGCCCUACAACGUGCUCGUCGAGCCGCUGCCGCCCAAGGCGCUGGUCGAGCGCAUGAACUUUUCGCUGCCCGCCGGCGAGGGCGCCGGCAAGGACGGCCUGCUCGACAGCAUCCAGGACAUUCUGCGCUACAGCGUCAACACCUGGGACCAGGGCUGGAUGGACAAGCUGACGGCCAGCACCAACCCCGUCGGCGUCAUCUCCGAGAUGAUUCUCGGCAUCCUCAACACGAAUGUCCACGUCUACCACGUCUCGCCCGCGCUCACCGUCAUUGAAAAGGCGACGGGCAAGGCGCUCGCGAGCUACUUUGGCCUCACGGGCCCGUACGCCGGGGGCGUCACCUGCCAGGGCGGCAGCUCGUCCAACCUCACCUCGCUCGUCAUUGCCCGCAACGCGCUGUACCCGGACACGCGCGACAACGGCAGCGAGGGCUACCGGUUCGUCAUCUUCACCAGCGAGGCGAGCCACUACUCGAUCGAAAAGGCGGCCGUCGCGUGCGGCAUGGGCGCCGCGAGCUGCGUCGGCGUGCCGACCGACGCCUCGGGCCGCAUGUGCGUCGCCGCGCUGCGGCAGCGCGUCGCCGACGCCAAGGCCCGGGGCUGCACGCCGCUCUACGUCAACGCCACGGCCGGCACCACCGUCAUGGGCGUGUACGACCCGAUCCGCGCCAUCAAGGAGGUCUGCGACGAGCACGGCAUGUGGCUGCACGUCGACGGCGCCUGGGGCGGCUCCAUUGCCUUUUCGCGCGCGCACCGCCACAAGCUCGACGGCACCGAGCUGGCCGACUCGCUGACGAUCAACCCGCAAAAGAUGCUCAACGUGCCCAUGACGUGCUCGUUCCUGCUGACGGGCGACCUGCGCCGCUUCCACGAGGCCAACAGCCUGCGCGCGGGCUACCUCUUCCACGACCCCGAGGGCAGCGAGGUCUGGGACCUGGCCGACAUGACGAUGCAGUGCGGCCGCCGCGCCGACAGCCUCAAGCUGGCGCUCGCGUGGAUCUACUACGGCGCCGCGGGCUUCGAGCGCGGCAUCGACCACGCGUUCGCCAUGGCGGCGCACCUGGCGACGCUGGUCGACAAGAGCCCCGACUUUGUCCUCGUCUCGCCCAACCCGACCCCGUGCCUGCAGAUCUGCUUCUACUACGCGCCGGGGGGCAGGCUGGCCGAGGACAAGGCCGAGAACACGAGAAGGACGCGCGCCAUGGCGGAUAAGAUGGUGGCGCGCGGCUUCAUGUUUGACUAUGCGCCUGGGCCGCAGGGGCACUUUUUCAGAGUCGUGUCCAACUGCCAGACGCAGGUCGGCACGAUGGACGGCAUCUUCAAGGGCCUGUCGGAGGUGGGCAAGGAGGUCGUUCCUCAGUAA